UAGCUGUGGAGGCUCUCUUGCUAACGAUUGCCUUGAAUAUAAUUUUGUCUGGUUGCUUGAUUAUUGUUUUGUGUUCCUUUUUUGUUAUUGUUGUCUAUAGUCUGCACUCUCUGCAAUUGCUUUGGUUUGAUGGUGGUUUGUUGGCCUCAUUGCCAACCAAUUUUGCUGUCUUUGGUUCGCUGUUGAGUUUACUCAGUGAACGUGUUUUACGGUGAACGGUCGUGUGCGCGCUCGUGUCGCUUUUGGCAAACAAUUUUUCCUGCUUGUUUCGAAGACUUUUGUAUCAGUGUUUAGUUGCUGAUCGCGUCAAAUGUCGUUUUACGGUUUAUCAAUUUUUGGGUGCUUGUGUACUAUUUCGUAUAUAAAGAUAUUUUAUACUUCAGCAUGAAUAGCGAAUGUUUGCAAGUUAAUUGUUUAAAUUUAAUGAAAAAUGUUUGAAGCAUAAAUUUAUCUAACGUAAUAAGAAAUUCAGGAAAUAUUAUAAAUUACAUGAAAGAAAAAGAGCGAAUGUAAUUUAUGUGUUUAAAAAAAUCCAAAAUUUCAUAUUUUUUUAUAUUUGGAAAUACCCAAUGCAGUUUUGUUAAUGUCAGCUUAAAAAUUACGGCUAAUUUUAAAAGUAUUCACGUACCAGUUGUUGUCACUUAUACUUAAUUAAAGAGUGUAUUGGAUAAACCUUUGCUGCCGCAACAAUACAACAAGAGUAGAUGACACCUUCAACGAUAUUGAGACAUAAACAGUUGGCUUGCUGAAGGCAAGCAGUAGACGGGGGGCUUCGACUGCAGCUUCCGGCAUCGCUCUUUGUAUUGUAUGCAACUUACUAUCAUAAGAAGUGAAUUUGUUAAUUAACAAUUCUCGUCGAAUUUUUUACGCCAACUAACCGACUGACCGAAGCCGUAACCACAAGCCUAAGUAAAUUCAGCGAUUUUGUAUUUGGGCCAGAAAAAUGCAACGAGUGUGAGAGUGGCUUGUGCUUGCCAAAUUGAACACGUCUGUCAAUGCCAAUUGCUUUUGCGUCUUUUUUUUCUUGUUCUACGCAUUAUGGCCGCGCACCUUAAAUCGGCCAAACCACAAUAGCAAGUUACAAGCUUGAAUGUGGACUUAAGUGAAGACACGCACUUAUCAUACAAACUCAGCCAAAACCUUGCACACACACUCACACACAAUUGCAGUUGAAGUUAACCAGUAGCCUGUCGCUUUCUUUUGGCUUCCAUCGGUCUGCAGCUAACACUAAGCAAGUGACUAACUUUGACUGAGCAGUGCGCAUUUUAGAGCGUAUGGACAAAACUCAGGUAGAAAUAUUUGCGCAUAAGGGGAAUACUUCUAUGGAUGAAAAUGGAUUACACUAAACGUUUUUUAUGGCUUUCCGGCAUUUUAUUGGGUCCAAUUCUACUUGCAGCCUUGACGUUACAAGAUGCCGCCAGUCCAGUAUUUCAAAAUCACAAAACGAAAGAGUGGACGAAUUUAGAUAAUAUCACAUUCUCUUUUGAUUGCACGCAUCGACCGGUUGGCUUCUACGCCGACAUGGAGUACAAUUGUCAGAUCUUCCACAUGUGCGAUGAAGAGGGUAAUCGCAUACCGCAUUUAUGCGCCAACGAGACUUCUUUCAAUCAGGAGUAUCGCAUCUGUGAUUGGGAUUACAAUUUUAAUUGUACAGAGUCACCGAAAUGGUUUUAUCUGAACGAGCUGACGUAUGCCACAGAACCACCUGACGAGGAUGAAGAUUAUUGAAACGCAACCUAUCCACUUCGAAGCGCCCUAAACAUCUGCGCUUCUCAAGUUCACGCUAAGUGACCUUACUGACAAGUAAUUAGUUAAGUGCAAUCGUAUUUAUGUUAUUGUAAUUAGUUAUAAUAUGCUAUGGCGUAAAUAUCCUAAAAUAUUUCUAUAAACUUAAUUAAUGAGAUUCGAAAUCAGUCGAUUUCAUUUAAACAGAUUUAGUAAAUUUGUAAAUUACUGAAAUGCUAGCGCUAACGUGUUUUUUUUUCAUUUAUAUGUAUGUAUGUUUGUAUAUUUGUUAUGUACGCAAAUAUGAAUAUUCAUAUAUGUAUGCAUAUUAACAUAUGUAUGUAUGUAAUUGCCUAUAAAUGCAUACGUAAAAGGCGUGCAAUAAUUGUCCAAUAAUUUAUGUAGUUGAUUUAGUGACGAUGUUGUUAUUCAAUUGUAAAUAUUUGUAUACGGAGUUUUUAUGUUAUAUUUAAAAUUUGUCGAUCAAAAAAGAUAGAAGCGAAUAAUAAAAUAUUGUAAACAGUUGAAUUAAUUGGGACUAUUAGAAAUAGUAAACAUAUCCAUUAUUUCUUUCAUAUGGCCACAUUACAUAUCUAGAAGAGUUGGCGGAGGGGUUUACUUGAAAUGCCUAAAAACGCUUACUUCAAUUUUUUUGUUUUUGUGAUGACGGUUUUCAUUGAUUGAACCGUUUUCUUUGAAAGUGGUGUACAGGGUUUGAUUGAAAAGUAAUGAGCCUUCCCGCGCGGAGCGUCUGCCAAGCGAUCAGCCGAAUCGGCUGAUUGGGGAAAAUGAUUGUUGGGCCUUCCCCUUCCACUAGAAACCGGUCCCAGUUCGCUGGCAACAGCGGUGCAGUCAACAUCACUCCGCGCGUGAAAGCUGUUUUGAAAGUGUGUUAAGAUUUUGCAGUGGCGAAAAUGCAGCGAUCGUUGGAGCAACGUUACUCGAUCAAAUUUUGCGUAAAGCUAAACAGUUUGUACCUCAAGGAAGCACUGUAAACGCGGCAUUUUACAAAGACGUGCUCCUUCGGCUGAAAAACCGCGUCGCCCGGGUUCGGCCCCACCUCGUCACAAUUGGACGACAAUGCGCCGGCCCACACCGCCUUCCUCUGCGCCUCUGUAUUGGCCAAGAUGGGGGUUCUGGUGCUUCCCCUCCCUCCCUACAGCCCAGACUUGUCCCCUCCGGACUUCUUCUUGUUCCCGCGCCUGAAAAGAAAGCUGAAGGGGAGGUGUUUCGACUCCAUCGAGGCGAUCCAAAAAACUGUGACUGGCGAAUUGAACGCGAUUCCGGCGGAUGACUUUAAAAAAUGUUUCCUGCAGUGGAAGGACCGCUACUAGCGAUGUAUUGACGCUCAAGGGCCCUAUUUUGAAGAAUAUUAGUUGUAUAAGCUAAAAAGUUUAAUAAAACUGCUUAAAAAAAAAUAAGGCUCUUUACUUUUCAAUCAAACCCUGUAAGUGUAAUUUAUUUUAUAUGGAGAUAUUUGAGGAUUUGCAUUUGCAUAAUUUGAAAAAUUUGGCUACAUGUUAUAACAUUUGUUUUGUAUUUUUUUAAUAUUAAAUUGAUUUAAAUUUAUAAUUUAUCAUUGCUUUAAUGGGAUUAACAAGAAUGUAUAAUUUUAUUGACUUCAA